AUGGAUACUGCCAUGACCUUUACUCACCUUCUUCCUCACCCAUCAGUGAUGAGCAACUCGGUGCGCGUGGACAGCGGCUGCCGGAUGCUCUAUGAGCAGCCCAACUACUCGGGCCUCCAGUACUUCCUGCGCCGCCGCGACUAUGCCAACCACCAGCAGUGGAUGGGCCUCAGUGGCUCCAUCUGCUCCUGCCGCCUCAUCCCCCACGGGCCACAUACCAGCUCCCACAGGAUCAGGAUCUAUGAGCGAGAGGACUGCAGGGGCCAGAUGGUGGAGAUCACCGAGGACUGCUCCUCUCUUCACGACCGCUUCCACCUCAGUGAGAUCCACUCCUACAACAUGCUGGAGGGCUCCUGGGUCCUGUACGAGCUGCCCAACUACCAGGGGCGGCAGCACCUGCUGAGGCCGGGGGACUACAGGCGGUGCCUCGACUGGGGGGCCGCCGAUGCCAGAGUGGGCUCCCUGAGGAGAGCCGUGGAGCUCUACUGA